UAGGAUUAUCAUCAAAUUUAUUCAAGAAACCAAAAACAUAUAUCUACAAAGGUACAGAUGCUUUUUUAACUUUCAGAACUAGUUAAUGCAAUGUGGUAUUUGUGGUAUGAGAAUCAUGUGAUUGUGUCCUCCAGUAGCAGGUGGUGUAAACCAGCCCAGGUGGCAGCAGCAUGGUUGGCUGGAGCCCACAGACAGACAGACACACACAGAGAGAGACAGACAGACAGACAGACAGACAGAUAGUGGUCAUGCCAUUUUCCAUGUGCCUUGCUGGGGGCAGCUUUUUGCCCCUCCAGCAGCAGCAGCAGCAGCAGAGAGCAGCUAUUUUGAAAGUGACCCCUCAUUCAGGCAGCGACUGUGCAGCUGUCAGGAACCAUGACUGAAGAUGACGGAUUCUGUUGUCGUGGAGGGAUAUGCCAGACUCAGAGAUGGAAAAAAGUGGAAAACUAGGUGGCUCGUCCUUCGCAAGCCGUCGCCUGUAGCAGACUGCCUGGUGCUGCUGGUUUAUAAAGACAAGUCCGACAAAGCGCAGGGCAACAAGGAGAGGGCCAGUGUCACCUUGGAGGAGAUCUGCGGUCUGGAAGCAGGACAGUGGUACGAAGGUGUGGCUUUUACUCUGGCCGUCCUCUGCCUGAACCAGGCCGCUCUACUGGGCUUCGACAGCAAGGAGAUCCUGCAGGCGUGGGACGCCCGGCUACGAUACAGCCUCGGAGAAGUUCACAGAUUCAGUGUUGGAGUCUUACCAGGGACCAAGUUGGAGAGCGGACCUGCAACUCUUCAUUUGUGCAACAACUUACUGGCUCUCGCCAGGGACGUUCCUCCCGUCAUCAUCGGCCACUGGAACCUUCCGGACCUGCGCAGAUAUGGACCCGUACCCAAUGGAUUCGUGUUCGAGGGAGGAACAAGAUGCGGUUAUUGGGCCGGUGUGUUUUUGCUCGCGUCUGCCGAGAGCGAGCAGAUCAGCUUUCUAUUCGACUGCAUCGUCAGAGGCAUCUCCCCCACCAGAGGCCCUUUUGGACUGCGGCCAGUUUUGCCAGACCCCAGUGCCAGUCAGACGAAUUCAGAGGAGAGGUUGAACCACGAGGCCCAGGAGCUGGAGAAGCGACUGAGCAUGCUCUCUCACAGGAGCAGCACAGUCUCCUCGUCCUCGUACUGCCCGUCUGCCGGGGGAGACGACCGCAGCAUAUCCGGUUCCUCCGACGCGUCGGACACCAGCCAAUCAGACGGCAGCAUCGGCAGCCGGAUGGCCAUUUGGACCGAGCCGGCCUCCAACCCAUCCGAAAGCAUCGGCCAUGUGGGAGCUAAAGUGGCGUUACAGAGCAUGGAGAAGCUUUCCGUCAACCAGGGAGGUGGGAACCGGCCCGCCGCCAAGCCCCCCCGCCAGCUCCAGGAGAUCGGCCGCCAGAGCUCGUCCGACAGCGGCAUCGCCACUGGCAGCCAUUCCUCUUACUCUGGGAGUUUCUCCUCCUACACAGGCAGCCUGGAUAUCACCCCCGGAGAGGACUUUGGGUCCGUUUUCAGCCUGCCUCCCCACUUGGCUCAAGACCUGAGCCCUUGUUCUUGCGCCACUGGACAUGAAUACCAAGUACCAACGUCACUUCGGUAUCUCUACGACAGCCCAAAGAGUCUGUUACAGGAGGGAAGUGGGGACGCCAAAGACAAUGAACCCUCCACCCCAACUAAGGACAGUCCUGCCUCUCCAUGCCUCACAACAGACUCAACAAAGGGGGAUAAAAGCAGCGCCAAGACCUCUGAGGGUCACUCAGAAACGACUGAAAGACAGUCAAUGAGUGAACACUUACAAGGCCCCUCAGAGGAGAGUAAGAAAACCAAGUCGGCCUCUAGUGAACACCCAGACUCCUGUCACAUCUGCAGCACAUCUGUCUCCAAAACCAUCGUGACGAUCUGCUCAGUUUGUGGUGGAUUUAAGGGAACACCGCACAUCCCUGCAAGUGGUUCAGCGAUACCUGCCAUACCAGAACAUCAUAUUUUCAAUCCGGCAGAUCAAAGUGUUGACAAAUCACCAUGCAGACCCUGCACUACCAGUGAAUACGGUAUUGCGGUGAAGAAAAUGGAGAAACCCUCUUCUGGCUCUGGAAGCAUCCACAGCUCCGAGAAGCCAACAUUGGAGACGAGUGAGGAUUCACCGCCGUCAAAGAAAGGAAGAGAGAAAUUAGCCAGUCUCUUAGCUGAUCUGUUGGGCUUUCCGAGCGCAGAUAGGCAGCCCGAGGCAAACACUAACAGACUGAACCUGUAUGAGUCAAUGAGCCCUAGAUUUGCAAAUGAGCUCAAAUCUGCACCCACUGGCACCUGGAGACCAUUACAAGAUGCACAGCAAGACAAAAGAGCUGUCAUCUAUGAAAACUGUUUAAAGUGUCAAGGGGAGCACUGCCACCCUCCUCCACGGGUCGCACCUGCUGUAACGUACCACAACAGGAACAUUUCAACUUUACAAACCUUUCUGCACCCGAAGAAAAGCCCCGAACACGAAGCGGCUGCUAAUGAGGAGCUGCUCCAUCAAGCUCCCGGUGAUGGAUCACGCAGCGGCGACGGGCCGUGUCAGUACGAAGAGACGAAUGGUCGAACGGUGUCCGGCGAAGACAAAAGGCUUAAUAGUAAAGAGGAAAGACGCAGAGCUGAUCCUGCUUAUGCGAUCAUGGAGUGUCGGGCGCCGGAGAGGAACUCAGAGGCAGAAGAAAAAAGCAAGUACGAGCUGAUGGGCAGCUGUGGUCAGCAGAGGUUCCUCCAAGAGACUGAAGGGUCAGUGUUCGUUUUCCCACCAGAGGCACCGCUUCCUGACAGGCCUCGCAGUGAAGGUGUGACGUAUGUGAAUAUUCCUGUUAGUCCCACAUCCAAGAAGCAGCUCAACUACAUGGAGCUGGAGCUGCAGGAGACGGGUCCUGGGCCCCGAGGGACCGUCACACAUCUCCCGACUCAGAGAAAGAGCUCCACCAAAUAUGCCCAGAUUGACAUCACCGCUACGGAGACGGCGCACAAAGUCGGAACGCAGCAUGCCCUCGGUCGGCAGGAGGGCCUGCACACUCUGGAUCUGAGGAGAAAGGGGACACCACAUUGAUUUCUUCAUCACUGAACUGUUGAUCUCAGCAGGAUGUUUUUUGCCCAAUACCAGCGUACUACAUCAAACUCUCAAGUUUCAUGAAACAUCUCUCUGAGGAGGUUUUCAGUUGAGACUGUUCCCAAAAGAUCCUCUAAUGUUUACUGUUGGACUCAUUCUCUGUUCUGUUCCUGGGAGUCACUUUGUUCAGUCUACACAUACUUAAAUCCCAGAAAAUGUCGUCUGCUCAAUCCAUUUUCUUAGAUUCAGACUUGCUUCUAUAACCACAAAGCAACUGGAAGAUGGAGCCUCUGCGUAAAGGUAUGGCACCGGAUCAGGAGUAACAUUUCUUGUUCUCCUGUGUGGACUAGGGCAUCUCAUUAAAUGGCAUUAUGUCAGUGCCAGAGCCUCAGGCUAACUUGAAAGAUGAUGUGCUAGUCCUGAGCUGAGUCACUGGCCCAGAGCAGAAGCAUUUCACAGCUCACUCAGGCCAAUCCUAAUAACAAGCAAUAUGCUGUUUUUGGCCUUGUUUGGGAGAAUGAGGUAGGGUGGCGGCAGGAGAAGAAGCAGCAACCACAUCAGUAAUUCCACAUGUAGUUGCAUGAAACUCACUUAUUAUUAUAUUCAUAUUUGGGGAAACUUUUCAUCUAGUCUUACUCAGAAUGUUGCAAAUUUCAGGCUCACUAUUAAAAAUUGUAAGAACAGGAUAAUCAAAGCUUCUGCUUGGUGACAUUUUUGUUUUGCCUGGGUGCAACUAAUGGAUCUGUGUUUAUCAUGAACAGAAUCUCAAUGCUGCUAUUGUUUUUUUCUCUCCGCAGAGACUGUGAAAAUCACUCUGCAACAACAAAUAUAUCCCAGAACUGACUGUCUGGCCCUCACGGCCAUCAUUUGUCAAAAUUGUGUAUUUUAAAAUAAGUUUGAAGUUUUGUUUUUUACUCACUGAAGUGGUUAAAUCCUUUUUAUUAUUAUUCCUAAUUGUGUGUGUGCACAUAGCAAUUUUUACUGAAACUGCAAUUUUGAAAAAAAGAAAAAAGAUAUUUAGUAAGUGUUUUGUAGAGCUAUUUUAGUAGACAACUUUAGUCAAUGUAUUGUUUUAGUCUCGGAUUACACUCUAUUUUCAUAUCUGUAAAUACAUUUCCUUUCUAUUUCGGUGAUGUGGAUUGUUAUAAAAUAUACAGACAUUAGAGACAUUAUGUAUGUACAGAAAAGAUGUAUGGAAACAGACAGUGCCUGCUGCCUAAGGCACUAUUUUUUUUCUUGUAAUACUAUUUUUCUUGUUAAUUAUUUAUAACCUGAAUCACCACUUUGAUGUGCGCGUUGAGUUUUUCUAGAGUAGAUAAUAUAUGGGACUUUUCCCCCAUGUACAGUUGUAAACCAGUUUGGUAAGAUACACUAUGAUGAAGCAUUUAAAUGACUGAUCUACAGUAUGAAGGGAAUAUACUAUAUAUAUAUACAUAUAUACACUGAUCAGCCAUACAUUAAGACCACUGACAGGUGAAGUGAAUAACAUAAAUUUAAAAAAUGGGCAAGCUUAAGGAUGUGAGCGACUUUGACAA